AACUGGUUUAAGAUUGAUUAAUUAUUUUGGAUCUUUCUUUUUUUUCCCGCUUAUUGGGAAAUAUGAGGGUCGUUUUAGACCGGAAAAUCAGCAAUCUGCAAAUCCAUUUUUUUUUAUCAAAGAUGGUGAUAUAGGAAGAGAUUUGAUUAAAAUACAACCUCCUUAUAGCCAUUGCUUUUGUUCUCGUCACAAUGGAUUCACACUUGUGUUAAAAUUGUGUACCCUUUGAUCAAACAAUUCCUGCUUUUCCAUUUGUUGAAUAACCUGUUAAAUCCUUAAAGUUACCGGAAACCUUGGUUUAGUUGAGUUGAAUGUCUAGGGGCAGGGUCAAGAGUUCGUGAUUUCUCUAUGAAUAAAAACUAUUUUUGGUGGUUAAGGUUUGGGGAAGGUUGAAGAAGGGUUUAUCCCCCCCUGUCGGUCAUGUUCAGUGUCCAUUAUGGAAAAAAAUGAACCAGAAUUAGUUCCAGAAUGGUUGAGAAGUACUGGCACUGUAAGUGGGGGUCGCAAUUCAGCCCACCUCUUUGCUUCCUCUUCUUCUCACUCAGAUGCUUCUUCACCGGUGCAUCCCGGGAGAAGUAGAAACUCUAGGAGUAUUAGUGAUUUUGAUUCCCCUCGUUUGGCAUUUUUGGAUCGGGCAUCUUCGUUGAAUUCAGGGAGGUGUUCUAGUAAUGGUUCUUCAAGGUAUGCUUAUAGUAGCUUUUGUAGGAGUCAUAAGGGUCGAGAAAGGGACAAGGAGAGGUUAAGCUUCGGUGAUCGUUGGGACUUCGAUUCUUCUGACCCUUUAGAAAGUAUUUUGACCAGUAGGGUUGAGAAAUUAGGAGGUAUCUCGACCUCUCGGGUGGAAAUAAAUACAUUUUGGCGGUCUAAUUCUAUGAUCUCUAGGAAAAAUGCUGAGCCUUUGCCUCAAAGGACUGCAGUGGACUCAAGAGACAGUGGCAAUAGUAGCAAUAACAAUGACCAUGGUCUGGUUUCUGGGGAUGCUAUUGGGAGUAGCAUCCACAAGGCUGCCUUUCAGAAAGAUUUUCCCUCACUUGGAACUGAAGAGAGGCAGUUGGUGCCUGAGGCAGCUAGAGUUUCAUCUCUUGGUUUGAGCUCAGUUUCUCAGUGUUUAUCUGUUGGCAAUUCAACUUUGAUUGAUGGGGAAGAAUGGACCUCAGCUCUGGCAGAAUCACCUAGUGUGGUUGGAACUAGUAGCUCAGGUUCCUUGUCUGCCCCCCUAACUAUUUCCACCUCAGUUUCUGGGGCUCCAAGUGUCACAUCUGGUCUUAAUAUGGAAGUGGCACUAGUUCAAGCUCCUCCACGAGCAUGUACUGCUCCCCAGUUGUCCAUCAAUACUCAAAGGCGUGAGGAGCUGGCCAUUAAGCAAUCAAGGCUACUAAUACCAGUGACACCUUCAAUGCCUAAGGGUUCGGUUCUCAAUUCAGUGGAUAGAUCAAAAGCCAAACUAGCAUUGAGAACAAGUGAGGUGAAUGUUGCUUUGAAGGGUGGGCAGCAGCAUCCUUCUUUUAUUCAUAAUGGUAAUCAAUCUCAUAGUGGACACGUCAAGUCUGAUAUGCAUAAGGCAUCUGGUAAGCUUUUGGUUCUCAAACCAGGAUGGGAGAAUGGGGUCUCAUCACCUACUCAAAAAGACACUGUCAGCCCAACAACAAUUACAAACAGCAGAGUUAUUAAUAGCCAAUAUGCCAUUGCUCAUGUUUCAUCGGCUGCUUCCAGAAACUCAAACAACUCGAAGCUUUCUACUGUGGAGCGCAAGACAGCUGCCUUGAAUCCAAUAGCUGGGUUCACUGUGGAAAAGAGGCCUUCUUUGGCUCAAACCCAGAGCCGAAAUGAUUUUUUUAAUCUCCUGAAGAAGAAGACCUCGUCAAACUCUUCUGCCGAUCUCUCAGAUUCAGACCCUCGUAUUUCAUCUUCUCCCACUGAGAAAUCUGAAGUUACAAAGGUAGUAGUUGUUGCUUCUGUGACAGCUCAUGCUAAUGAGCAUGGUAUUGCAGCGGCUACCAACGGUGAUGUCUGUCAAGAGCCUCAAAGAUCUUCUAAUGAUGACGAAAAGGAUUUUAUGGUUUAUCCAAAUGAAGAAGAGGCUGCAUUCCUUCGAUCUCUUGGCUGGGAAGAAAAUUCUGCUGAGGAUGAAGGCCUUACAGAGGAGGAGAUCAAUUCUUUUUACCAGGAGUACAUGAAACUGAGGCCGUCAAUGAAACUUUGCCAUGGCACGCUGCCAAAGCUGGCUGAAUCUUUUGCAACCAAGUCGAAUGGAGCUUCUUCUGAAUCAAUCUCAUCUGACUCCAGAUCCGAAGCUUGACUUUUUCUGUCUUUCAUAGUAAAAUCCAAAGAAGUUCCAAAAUUUUAAUGGCAGAUGAUUAGGGUUUUCUGUUGGAAAGAAAGUUGAUAAGUUUGGCAUGGAAGGGGUAGGGUUUUGUUAAUUCUUUCCAAGGUUUGUUUAGUAGGGAUAUUUCGUUCUUUUCUUCCUUUUCCUUUCUUUUCAAGAGGGGUUCGAUUUCACAGGAAAUAGCUUGUUGGU